AGUUAAGUGAACAGUGAGGCGUCCCCGGGAGUACUACAUCGCAAGGUGUUGACUCUUGUUCGUGGUGUGUGCUAAGUUGAAGCUACAUCAGGUGCAUUGCUCUGGAAGUACCUGGUAGUCUUGGGCACGUGGUGGGCUGUUGUGAUCCUCAGUACAGCACGUAUAGGGGCUUGCCAGGCGCGUGCCAUACCCUGCCUCAGUGUAGCGACCAACGAUUGAUGAAGAAGCUCCUGCGUCUCCUGUCUCUCAACGACCGCGCCCGCCGGCGUGCUCAGCACACACAGACCCUCUGUCCCAUCGGCUGUGAGGCCGCUGACGAGGGCGUUCCCGUCCCCACGAAGGAGCUGAGUAGAGAGUGUUGGUCCUCCCCGUGCCCCAGCCUAGGCGCCCGCUGGACCUGUGUUCGCCUGUACGCCCUGGCCCAGAGGCUGACGGAGGUGCGGAAGUGAGUGUCCCGAAAGAAAGGAAGACGCGUGGCGGCCCUCCGGGAGGCGACACACACGGACGCGGAGCAGCAGCUUGGCAUCCGCAAACAUGGCAUCUCUUACUCAACAAUUGAUGGAGGAGGUGCAGCCGGCACUGACCACUUCCGGGGGCAAGGUGACUGUGGUGGGCGUGGGCCAGGUGGGCAUGGCUUGCGCCUUCUCCCUCCUCACCCAACACAUCUGCUCUGAGCUGGCCCUGGUGGACGUGAUGCCCGACAAACUGCGCGGCGAGAUGAUGGAUUUGCAGCACGGUCUCACCUUCCUUAGGAAUGUGAAGAUUGAGGCUAGCACAGACUAUUCCGUCUCCGCUGGGUCCCGCCUCUGCAUCGUGACUGCUGGGGCACGUCAGAGGGAGGGGGAGUCCCGCCUGUCUUUGGUGCAGCGCAAUGUGGACAUCUUCAAGGGCAUCAUUCCCAACCUUAUCAAGCAUUCCCCAAAUUGCAUCCUUCUGGUUGUGUCCAAUCCAGUGGAUAUCUUGACCUACGUGGCUUGGAAGAUUUCUGGUCUGCCCAAGAAUCGUGUGAUUGGCUCCGGCACUAACCUGGACUCCUCACGGUUCCGCUUCCACCUGUCCCAGAAGCUCAACGUUGCCCCAUCCUCCUGCCACGGCUGGAUCGUCGGUGAACACGGAGACUCUUCAGUGCCAGUGUGGUCAGGCGUCAACAUCGCCGGCGUGCGGCUCCGUGACCUCAACCCCCUGGUGGGCACCGCCGAGGACCCCGAGAAGUACAAUGAGAUGCACAAGGAGGUGGUCAACAGUGCGUAUGAGAUCAUCAAACUGAAGGGCUACACCUCCUGGGCCAUAGGUCUCUCUGUGGCCUCCCUUGUCACCUCCAUAAUGAAGAACACUCGCUCCUGUUAUGCAGUCUCAGUUGCUGUCAAGGGUUACCACUCCAUCGACAAAGACGUGUUCCUGAGUCUGCCAGUCGUCUUGGGUGAGAACGGCGUCACUCACGUCAUCAAGCAGACGCUCACUGAGGCAGAGAUCAAUCAGCUGAAGACCUCUGCUGACACACUGUGGGACGUCCAGGCAGGGAUCCAGUUCUAAGCCUCGCUGCUCCUCUGGAAAGGUCAAGCUGAAGGCUGGGGUGUUCAGCUGUGGUGCCGUGCUGAAGGCUGGGGUGUCAAGAGGAAAUACUUAUGUGUAAUCUUUCAGCAUCUGCUUCUCUCCAUAGCAGUGAUUAGGACUAUAACCUAAGUGUAGUUAAUCUCUGUCUGAAGGAAUUACAGAAUGGUCAUUUUGUUUUGUUUUUCACAAUCCUUGACAGUCUUCUGUGAUGAAUAGUCCAUAACGUUUUGAUAUUUUGCUAGUUGAAAAUAAGUUUGAACAAAAUAAAUCAUAGCAUAUUUACCUACUUGUAAUGCUGCAGAGUGCAGGUUACGGCUUAUUCGGCUUUGGUGAGGACAAUGAUUUGUGUUUGUGUUGUGGGUGGCAGACCACUGCCGCCGGUGAGUCUCCUCGGUAGAACGCUGAGCUGUGUUUUUGAUGUAUGGAUGAGUAAGAGCUAUUUUUGCCAUGAGUCAUCUUGCAUUCAUAACCCAAAGGAAACAUUGAUUCAAAGAUGUGGGUUUAAAUAAUUCAUCUGAACUGUUGAAAUCUGACUUUUACUUUAAGAUUAGGUAAGAGCUGUUGAUGUUUGAAUUAUAUUUUUUGAACAGUUAAGCGAGCAACAAAUAAUUUUAUAAAAUGGACUUUGUUGUUAAAGCGUCAGAAUAUUUGGGUAGUUAAUGAAGAUGUUAACUGAAAAAGAAGUCAUUUAUAUCAACAUGUUCUUAAUAUAGCAAAAAUGGCCUCAUAAUGGAUAGCAUGAGCACUCGCACUACUGGAGGAACCCAAAGUAUGUAGUUAGAUCACAUUUAUAUGCCAUAGAAAGCUUCUUAUGUGUCCUUUAUCUAUUCUGAGAGGUUAUAACUAGUAGUCUACAAGAAAUAUACUCUAAGGUUCCUA